AUGGAAUACGUUAGAAUAAACUGGAUGCGUGUUGGAGUGUACCGUUCGAAUGGAAAUCUUGUGUUACGCUGGUAUGGUGAUACAACAAAGGGAUUGAAAGAGAUCACUAAUUAUGUGACUAAUCUAUUUAAUAUUGAUGUAUCAGAAGUCUGUGUAUUUAAAGAUGCAAUUGAAAUGAUUGAAUGGGUGAACAGAAGACAAAAGACACCAUUGAAAAAAGUGGUUAACAUAGCCUGGGUUGUCAUUCCAUCGGAAGUAAUGAUUUAUAUUCUGAGGGAUUGCACAACUUUAUCUGAAAUAAGCAUUCACUCUGAGGCUGCACCUAAUUUCCGUUUCUCGGGAAAUUUCCGAAGAAUCGAUUGCUUAGAUAUCUGGCAUGGACGAUGGGUGACAAUUGACAACCUAUUGACAAUGGAUGGAAUUGUUAUUAAUCUGAAAAAGUCUACCCUGACUAACAAUGAUUUAAAUGUCUUUCUGAAGCACUGGCUGUCUGGAGGGUGUCCUCGAUUGAAACUAUUCUGCGCCGAAACUGAUUCCGUGGAUAUCUUUCGAGUUCUAGCUGGUCUCAGGCAAAAUGCCGUUUUUGUGGAGAAUCGUCGUGACUACAACAGCCCCUAUGGACACCAAUGGACUUUGUGGGAUGGAUAUGACAUCAAACGUGCGGAUGGUGUGACAGCUACAGUACACUAUGAGCCACUGGGAGCCUUAGUCAUUGCUGUUUGGCCAGAAGCCAGUGAUAAUUAUACUUAA